ACCUCUGCAGCCAUGAAAUGUCCAGACUCUCUGAUAUACCAGCAUUGCCAGAAAGGCUGCAUGAAACACUGUGAGAAUGGGACCAACUUGCAAGUCUGCAUGGACUACCCCACCGAGGGCUGUUUCUGUCCACCUGGACAGGUUGUCCUGGAUGGCACCUGUGUUCACGAAGACAUCUGCUCCCAAUGCAUCAGCGAAGAUGGAACUCGUCAUCAGCCCUUGGAAACAUGGAUUCCUUCCACUGAACCCUGUAAAGUCUGCAUGUGCCUGGAGAAUAGGACAGUUAGUUGUGCAGCUCAGCCUUGUACGACAGCCAAACCCAUUGACUGUGGUCCCUGCGAGAUUCCAAGACUCCAGAGGAGUUCCAAUCAGUGCUGUCCAGUCUUCGAAUGUGGUAGGUCCCUGAGAGUCAUUGCCACGUUGCAGUACCAAUAG